CACAGAGGUACUGCUACACUGUUCUUCAUCACGGCCAUGGCUUUCUGCAAACUUCUGCUAACUGUGUUGGUACUGCUCCACAACAGUGGUGGUCUACUGGGAAAUGAAGUGAGGAGCUCCAUCAUUGGUGCAGAGGAUGCCAAAAAGGAAAGUUGGCCAUGGAUGGUUCACCUCAACAUGACAUCUCAUGAUUCGAAAAUGGUGAAAUGGGGCUGCGGCGGCACCAUCGUUGCAAAGCAGUGGGUGCUGACUUCUGCACAGUGCGUGGCUAACUGGGCAACGGCAACAAAAAUGACAUUGCUCUGAUCAAGCUGAAGAAACCGAUUACAUUUUCAAAAGAUGUUGCACCAGUGGCUCUGCCUGACAAGGAUGACACCUUUGGUCCAUCAUCUGAGUGCUGGAUCACUGGCUGGGGGGAAGUGGGAAAUGGUGUUCCACUGAAAGCUCCAGAAACACUUCAGCAGCUCAAGAUUUCCAUCAUCUCUCAGAGUACCUGUAAGGAGAGGCUUCCUCAGAUAGCCUCUAAUACACUAUGCACAAAUGACAGCAAGGGAAGGGGUGCCUGCAAAGGAGACUAUGGUGGUCCACUGGUGUGCCGUAAAGGGGGGAAAUUAGUUCAGGUGGGAGUCAUGAGUUCUGGUGGUUGUGGCCCCAAGGACGGCCCUGGCGUCUGUACUGAGGUUGCAAAGUAUCUGACCUUCAUAAACGACUACAUCCACCGUGCUGAGAAAGCUCCAGCUGAGAUGUGAACUCCUCAGAAACCGACACUGCCCGCUGUACUCAUCUCAUAAGCUGUCUUACUUUUAGCUUCUUUCCUGUAAAGCACUGUCACUCCAUGGUAAUGGUAGCUGACUGUGGCUCAGUUAACAGAUUUCUUUGCAUUAAAGCUUUAAAGCAUCA